AAAAAGAAGAAGAAAAUUCUCGGGUUGCUAAAGUCUGCAAUACAACAGAGAGAAAGUAUAGUAAUAAUAAGCAGAACCAAAAAGAAAAAAGGAAAAAGAAAAAGAAUAGGUUUAUUGGUGGGCAGUAUAGCACCAUUAACACAACUCCCUAAGUUCCCAACCCCAAUUUCCCCUCUACUUAACUUUUGCAAUAAAACGACAACCUGACGGUCAAGAAAAACAAACCCCUGCUUCGGUGCUUCCCUUCCGCUCACUCAUACACCAUUAUAACAAUUUGUUUUCAUUUUGUUUAGAUGUAUAGAAAUGGCGAACUUGAUGACGAUGAUGAACAUGAACCAGUGUGGGUCUAAACCUGCAUGGCUUCAAGCCCUUAUGGCCGACACUUUCUUUGGAACUUGCUUGCUUCAUGAGAACCGCCGCAAGUCCGAGAAGAACGUUUUUUGCUUGCAUUGUUGUCUUAGUAUUUGCCCUCACUGUCUUCCUUCUCACCGUUCUCAUCCUCUUCUUCAGGUCAGACGAUAUGUUUAUCAUGAUGUAAUUCGAUUGGGGGAUCUUGAGAAGCUUAUUGACUGUUCUCAUAUUCAGCCGUACACUAUAAACGGAGCCAAAGUGAUAUUUUUGAAUUACAGGCCACAAUCUAGGCCAUGCAAAGCAGGCUCUUCAACCAAUGCUUGUUUCACUUGUGAUAGAAUUCUUCAAGAACCCUUCCAUUUCUGCUCUCUCUCCUGCAAGGUGGAUCACAUGGUGUAUCAAGGGGAAGAUUUAUAUAGUAUUCUACACAGGUUCAACGAAUCGGAUUUCUCCUACUCUCAAUUCGAAGGAUUAAGAGUUGAUGGACUGGAAGGAAUGGAAGAAGAUGGUCAAAUGACACCAAAUUCCGUCGUAGAGGAUUCAUCACAACACUUCAACAAAUCCUCAUCUUGUUCCAAUAUGAACGACUCAGCUCCCACAAAUGUGUCAUCAGGAACUCACAUCUUCAAAAGAAAAAACAAAGGCACCGAUUUUCUUCCCGCCGGAAUUGUUCUAUCUCUCAGCAGCCGAAGAAAAGGCGCCCCUCAAAGGGCUCCUCUCUCUUAACCCCCCCACCCCCAUAAUUUAGAUACCAUAUUAUUACUAUUAUUAUUAUUAUUAUUAACAAUUAAAAAAAGUAGAUUAAAUAAAUUAUUUAAGUUCGGUUUCUUUCUUUUAUUUUAUAAAUGAUUCGGAUAAUUAAUUGUGUUUGUGUUGUGUCGGUUUAUAUUUUAUAUAGAAGGGCAUUUUCCGGUCAGGGUUGGAUUUUUGGCAAGUGAAUUAUGCGGCGGUGGGGGCGGGUUUUCCCGAUAACUUUUACCGGCCUUUUCCCGGUGGGGUUGUUUUGGAGAUAUUAAUUUCUUAUUUGUAUUGUGUACCCACCAAUUUUGUAUUAAUUCGUGUAAUUUUAUGGGAACUUGCACGUAAAUUAUAUAUUUUGUGCGUCUGGGUUGUUCGCUGUGCCUUA